UUGCCGUUGCCAUUGUUGUAUCCUACCAGAUGUAACCUACGAUCCGAGCGUCGAAGCCACAGCAUUCAGGUUCAUACAUCUGCUCGUCGUCGGUCAUCUGGAGUUCAUCCACAUCCCCCCGUUGGACGAAACCUAAACGUGCACACUUCCUAUCUCAUGACGUCCAGAUGAGGAGGAUGACUUUGAUGGGUGAAGCGAAUUCUAGGGUGCGAGCUUUAUGCGGUCGAGGGUUGCGAUAAUGUGCAAGUUUAGAUCAUGAGGUUCGACAUUGGAGAUGGGAUACAUAUUAACAUGCGUUGUGUAGGAGAUUCUGUUGCUUGAGUCUGUCGAUUCUUUGUUGGUGUCGAGAGGGGGCGGAGGAGAAGGAGGUUGUGGAUUUUGGGUUGUUUUUUGGGUCGCGAUGGCGAACACAGAAGAGCACCAGAAUGGUGGGUAUGCUCUAUUGGGCGACGAGGAGGGAGGGAUGUCUGAACGUUCGGGGCUGUUGAACGGGGCUGUGAAGCUGGUGGCAGCUGAGGUGUCGGAUGAUGCGGUGUUGGGUGCGUUCCCGGGGAGCAUCAAGUAUUUGAUAUGGAAUGAGUUUUGCGAACGCUUUUGCUUUUACGGCAUGAAAACCAUCUUGGCGCUCUAUUUGGUGCAGCACCUGCUGUUGAGCGAGAACGAGUCGACUGAGCUCGUGCAUCUCUUCAUCGUGGCGUGUUAUGCUACGCCAAUCAUUGGCGCAUUUCUGAGCGACUGCGUUUGGGGAAAAUACCGCACCAUCUUGUACUUAUCAGUAAUCUACUGCCUCGGCAACUGGGUGAUGGCCCUCUCGGCAUUACCUGAACCGGACCCCAGCACUCGAACCACGCUCUUCUGGUCAACAUCUGCUGCACUAGGCCUAAUCGCCUUUGGCACGGGCGGAAUUAAACCUUGUGGUGCAGCCUUUGGAGGUGAUCAAAUACAGUAUACUCUCCCAGAUGGUCCAUUAAAAGAGCGCAUCCAGCGCCGCUUCUUCUCUAUGUAUUACCUUUCUGUGAACGUGGGGUCCUUCUUUUCAACUGUCGCGGGCCCUUAUUUCCGCAUUCACUAUUCGUAUUCCUUCGCAUUCGCGGUUCCUGCCGUGUUCAUGAUGAUCGCUUUGCUUAUCUUCUGGUUCGGCCGGAAGACAUAUUACCAUCAACCUCCACAGGGCAAUGUAUUUGCUGAAGUUGGGAGUGUUGUCGUGGAUUCUGUCAAGUUUCGGGACAGACGUGGAGAGGGCAGCCACUGGCUGGACGGCGCUAAGGUUAAGCAUAGCUCUCAAAUCGUGGACGACGUGAAGGGGCUUGUGCGUGUGCUUGUCUUGCUACUUCCAACCCCAGUCUUCUGGGCCCUUUUCGAUCAGCAAUCCUCGAAGUGGGUGUUUCAAGCAGAAACUCUUGACGGCAGCGUCCCCUGGUUCUUCAAUAUCACCAUCCAGCCUGACCAGAUGCAGGCACUCAAUCCAGUCUUCAUUGCGGCAAUGAUCCCACUCUUCGACUUGCUGAUCUACCCUUUUUUUGAGAAGCGAGGGUUUUCACUGCGUCCCAUUUCCAGGAUGGUAACCGGAAUGAUUCUUUGCGCACUUGCAUUCCUCCUCUCUGGCUUACUUCAGCAAGCAAUUGAUGCACAAGGCUCGUCGAACCAGCCGUUGUCAAUGCUUUGGCAGAUUCCGCAAUAUGUGAUAAUGACGGCCGGAGAAAUUAUGUUCAGUAUCACCGGUCUCGAGUUUGCGUACUCUCAAGCCCCUGAUUCCAUGAAAGCUGUUGUGCAGGCUGCAUGGCUCUUCACUGUAUCUGCAGGCAAUUUUGUGACAGUAGCGCUUGUGGCUAUAAUUGGAAAUAGUCUCUCGAAGGCAAAUGAGUUCUACGUCUUUGCUGCUGGGUGUUUCUCAGCCAUGUUGUGCCUCUUGUGGUUAGGUGCCUCUUUUCAGUACAGGUCGGUGAAUCCACCCUCCACAGAGCCUUCUCUCGAAACGCUCAUUACCCACGCUGCUGAUGACCGCGUCUAUGUUGGUUAAGUAGCUGGUGCUCAUGGCAUCGAUCCGUUUUUAGCUGUACAUACAUGCAGGGAGACAUUGAUUACUUCAUUCAGUUCACGACUCGCUGAGUUCACAAGCGUGGUAUUAGCCCGUGACGUAGAUGAGAAGAAAUUUUCUUCGAUGCUCAACAAAUGGUGGAAUCAUUAUUCCCACAACGUCCGGUCUCAUCUGCAGUGCGUUCUCUUAGUAAAGAUCAUCGAAUAAAAUUAGCAGAGGCGGUAAAUAACUUAAUUUGUUUUGAAAAAAAUUGUGAAUAGAUUCGAUUAUUUUGUUAUCUUUAUUUAGUCGGCAGUUGAGCAGAGCAUUGCUGAACGAUUUCUGGUGCCUGAUUUAGGCUCCACGAUUUGUUUAAAAUCUCACUGAUGCAUCAAAAAAUUACAUCAAGAUUUUAAAAUUGUUCAAUUUUUUUACCAUU